AUGACCGAAUGGCUCACCAAUUUCGGCGGUCAAGGCGAGCCGACCUUAGCGGGACACGUCUUCGACAUGUCCUCGGAGGUCACCGUCAUCAUCUCGGCGCACGAAGCGGACCCCCUGAUUGCGGCAAGCACCCGAGUCGGCGUCAUCGGCGGCGUACGUGUUCAAGGCGAACGUGCCGCCCUCGCCAGCAGAGAUUCGGACUACUUCAUGAUGAUCCCAAGUGAGCGUGCGAGAUACCGGAUCAUUCCAUCGGUAAAGCAUCGCGUGGUUAGAGUCAUCGACCUCGAAAUCCUGGAGGGUCAGGGAAAGUUCCCGGGUGCGGAAGGAAGGUUCGUUGCGGGGUUGAUGAUGGGAUGCGACUACCUUCCAACCGGUAUCGAAGGUUACGGUCCGGCCAAGCUCGAAAAGUUGGAUCGGUCAGUCUUUCAACUCGCGACUUGGACCCAAGGUUACGAACACGCCACGGCGGUCUUGCAUCGAGUCGGCGCCAAAUUUGACGUUCGCGCCGUAUGCGAUGCAAUCACUCCCAUCCGAACACUGUACGACUUCUAUCGGUGCGACUUGGUCUCGAAGCCACCGAGCGCCCCGCGAGCCAUCGAACAUUCCCCCCGGGUCCUCUUCCCCGACACUUCGUUCGAUGGGGGCUCGGACGAACACCUGCGUCGCCAGUCCGCGCCCGCGCUGCGGCCGUUCCGUGCAACCCCGCUCUUGCAAGGGCGCCAAGGCCACGGAUCAGAGAAGGGUCCCCUCCAGCCUCUCGCAGUGAUUCGCGAUCAAAGGACACGACACGAGGCCGCGGCCGUUCGGCGACUCGAGGCCGUGCAGCCCGGGAGAUGUGCGUCGACCCGGAAGAUUGCGACCAAGGGCGCCGUCAGGGCGGAUGGCUUUCACCUUUUGACCCCCGAGCGCCCGAUCGUCGAGUCCGUAUCGGAAUGCUCCAAUAAGGCGAAGAAGAAGAUCACGACCCCAGCCCCGCCCAGGGUCAAGGCAAUGUCUGCGAAACAGGGGCGGCGGGCACACGCGAUCGCCUCGGGCCAAUCUGCUACUACGUCUACCGGCGACUCGGACAGCUCAAAGGGCGCCGGGGCUCUGGCCCAGGUGUACAGGAUGUUCACGAUGUCGGGUGCACUGGAAGAUCUCGUGAGGGAGGUGGACGGUGGAGGCCCUGGCCCUGUGGAAGAUUCCAAGAAGCGGCGGCGAAAGGCCAAACAAACGAGGCGCCGGCACAAACAGGGUCGGAAGGCGACAAAUCCGUCGACGAGCUCGGGAACGUCGCACUCGCCCGAGACGGCCAGCGACGCCAUGUCGAUCGGUUGA